AUGAAUUGGAACUGUCCCUUAUUUGGUGAUGUGUGUGAUUUAAAAGACAAUAUAUUACCCACUUAUGCAGAAGUCAUGAAGUUUUAUGAGUGGACCCGACGUAAUAUAAAACAUCUAAGAGAAACUAAAAAAGAACCUAUUUACAAAGAAAUAGAAAUUAUUGUGGUUUCAAAACUUAUAAAAAUAUGGGAUAAAGCCUCUAUUCCUACAGUAGAAGAAAAACGAGUGAAAGCUAUGUUACAAGCAUAUCAUUUAAAAUGCAAAAACAUCUUAAAGUCUCACCCAAAAAUACCAGACAAUAAAUUGGAAGAAUUCCGACUACGAGGCAAAGCUUUGUUUGAUAUUUCGGCCUGCAAGUGCCCAGAUAUUACUAAAUGUACCUGUCCUAAACAGAAAAAAGUACAUAUAAGAGAACAAAGCUUCUUAAUAGACCAACGUACUUGUAGAAAAAUGGUGAUAGGGGGCAUAGAUGUUCGCACAACCACGCAAAUCAGAAAAACAAUAAAAAGAAACGAGAAGAAUCUCUAA